AUGUCGAAAAAUGACGAAAAGAAAGAGACGCCAGCUGAACAUAGAGAAACAGAAGUGUCAGGUAAUGCUGGUUUAGAACGAACAGUUGGAACAAGUGAUGUUUCGACUGGCAAAUUCGAGCGAAUUGGUGUUGCCCCGGCAAUGCCUGACACCGGAAGUCUCGAUCAUGCUCAUACUGAUCGAAAAGCAGAUAGCAAUCCAUCAACAAAUACAUAA